UACCCCUCAAUUCUUAUUUUCGUCUCUCUCAAUCAUCCUUUUCUGCUAAAUAGCUUUUUUAACAUCGACUGGUCCUUCUUUCCAUUGCUCUUUUGGCUUCGUUUUCUUUUGUUUGUCGAGCUCGUCGUCUAACUUAAUUUCAAGCAAGUUCUUAAUUUGUUAGGGUUUUUAUUUAUUCUUUAUUCUCUUGAUGGAAGGAAUGGAUCCAGCAGAGCUUCGCCGGGUGUUUCAAAUGUUUGAUAGGAACGGAGAUGGCAAGAUCACCAAGAAAGAGCUUAGCGACUCGCUAGAGAACUUGGGAAUCUUUAUCCCUGACAAAGAAUUAAGCCAAAUGAUCGAGAAGAUCGAUGUGAAUGGAGAUGGCUACGUGGAUAUUGACGAAUUUGGCGCAUUGUACCGGAGCAUCAUGAACGAGAGGGACGAGGAGGAGGACAUGAAGGAAGCGUUUAACGUGUUCGAUCAAAACGGGGAUGGGUUCAUCACGGUUGAGGAGUUGAGGUCAGUUUUGGCGUCGCUGGGGCUGAAGCAAGGGAGAACUAUAGAGGACUGCAAGAGGAUGAUAAAGAAGGUGGACGUCGACGGAGAUGGAAUGGUUAAUUUCAAGGAGUUCAAGCAGAUGAUGAAAGGUGGUGGCUUUGCUGCCUUCAGUUCAAGCCGAAAGCACAUAAACGAGUUAAACAUAGGGGCGGAACCGUGGGCGCGGGCCUGCACUAAACCGGUUCACCGCAUAAAAGGGCAAACCGAGACCAAGAGAGUGCAGAAGAGAGAGAACAGAGAAAUGGCGGGGAGGAUUUUACGUUCUGCUUCAGUGGCUCUGCGUAAACCUCAUGGGCUCAAGAAUCUUUCCUCUAAUUCAUUCAUUUUCAUCUCCAAUAAGUCCUUUAAAGUUACCAGUUUGGGUGAUGUUAUAUGCAAGGCUUUUGGUUGGCAGCAAGCUUUUGUCCCAAUCUAUGACAUAAGGAGGUUUCUGCUCGAGGGGCAUGUCUGGAUUCAUUCAGCACCAUUUCUGAAUGCUUCUGAAAAAGUUGUUGAGACGCACAACCAUUCUGGGAAAGGUGCUAGUGUUGAUAAUGCUGGUAGUGGUGAUGGUACGGUGAAGAGGAAGAAGCUGAAGGGUAAACGAGCUGUAGUAAGGUGGUUGAAAUACUUCAGGUGGAAGAAGAAGAAAGAGUAUGAAAGAAUGACAGCUGAAGAAAAAAUUCUUUACAAACUUAGAAAGUCUCAAAAGAAAGAAGAAAGACUUGUAACAGCUUUAAAGAAGAUUGAGCCUGCAGAAUCAUCAGAAACAACCCAUGAUCCAGAAAUAUUGACUCCGGAAGAGCACUUUUUCUUUUUGAAGAUGGGCCUCAAGUGCAAAAAUUAUGUGCCAGUAGGAAGACGAGGAAUUUACCAGGGUGUAAUUCUGAACAUGCACCUUCACUGGAAGAAACAUCAGACUUUGAAGGUGGUGGUUAAGACAUUUUCACCAGAGGAAGUCAAGGAGAUUGCUGCUGAGCUCGCAAGGUUGACAGGUGGAAUUGUGCUUAACAUUCAUGAUGAUAAUACUAUAAUAAUGUACAGAGGAAAGAAUUAUUCUCAACCACCAACGGAAAUUAUGUCACCCCGGGUCACUCUUUCAAGAAAGAAGGCUCUGGAUAAAUCCAAAUAUAGGGAUGGCCUUCGAGCUGUUAGGAAGUAUAUCCCAAAGCUUGAGCAGGACCUUGAGUUGCUUCAUGCUCAAGCUGAGAAUAGACCUGAUCCAAUGCAACAUGUGCAAAACACUGAUAAUGACAAAAUGGAUUCUAGGAACAUUCCAAGCGUGCAGUUUGAGGGUUCAAAUAAAUUGAAAGAAAUUUUGGAUGAGAGCAAGGAACUUUCUGAAAAUGAAUCCACUACAGAUUCGCUUAUGGCUUCAGAUUCUGAGGAUUUGUCAGAUAUUUUUGAGACCGAGUCUGACACUGAGACAGAGAGGAGGGAAGAGCGACCACUUUUUUUGGAUGAAUUUGAUAAAUUUCCAGUUGAAAGUGAUAGGGAACCUGAACAUUCUGAGAAGCGCCUGUGUCAAAUAUCCAUGGGCUCAAAAGUUCCCACAGCAUCAGAGAAAGAUGCUGACUCACCAAACUUUGACGAGGUAGAUCGGAUAUUUAUACGUGCUGCUUCACUCUUAAAGAAAAAGAGGAGAUAGGAGGGUUCAUAAUUAAUGUAAUUGCUAACAUUGCUGUUGUAGAUGUUUAUUUACUCUAUUUCAUCUGUUGAGGCUUGAUUGCAUAGUCCUUAAUGCAUUGCGAAGGAGCAGUAUUUGUUGGGAAUCAUCACAGUAAUGCUUGAGUUUUCAGUAACAUGGCAGUCGAGGAUCUAUAAAACGUAUAUGUGCAGACAUAUUUUUUAGUCGGCAGAAUGUGUAGAGCAUGUCAAAUUCCUGUAGCUGUUGUUGCCCGUUGGCGUUGGCAUCGUCUACCCUUGUUUACAUGACAUUUUCCACCAUUAGCGUACAAAUGCUAAACUUCUGGUAUAUGAAUGUAGCUAUAAUAGGCAUGUAUGCAACACAGCAAAUGUAGAACUUCCAAGAACCCGACUGCCUCCCCAUCCAUUUCAAAGGGAGGACAUUUAUGAUUUUAUUCUGCAUUUUUCUUAAGUU